CUUUAAAAAGCACCGCACCGCUAGAGAUACACUUAACACGCUAACGCCACGCGACACUCUGCUGCUGGCCAGACAUCGCACAAUGCGUCAGCUGACUACAGAGGAUCUGAAGACCCUGGAAGUAGAUCUUCAAAACUACUUUCCACAGUCACUGCAGGUAUAUGGAUGUAUCUUCCAGCUCAACAGGACUGGACAGAGAGCUGAUCCUGUUAGUGUGCUUGUUGACCAGUGGCCAGAGUUCAGAGUUUUACUUAUUAAACCAGAAUACCGUGAGAAGGGAGACCUUUUCAAAGACUUGACUGUGUUUUCAAAAAACUAUGACUGCCUCAGAGAGCUGCUGGCACAUUCAGAUCUCAUUGAUUGGAAGAUGUUUAUUUGCUUGGCCGCUGAGCUUCAUCAUGAGAAGAUGAUGGAAGUCAUGGCAAUAAACAGAGGUGUACCUAUGAAGAAAGAAGCUGUGUGCUACAUGUUGGUUCUUCGACAUCCAUCAAAUCUCUUACACGUUGAUAGUUCAUCACUGAAGUUUUCUUCUCUGAAUGAGUCUCAUCUUGAGCUAGUCAACCGUAGCUGGAAGUUUGGCUGUGAAGAAAGCAAACUAAUGAUUAAGAAUAUGAUUUUAAACUUCCCCUCUUGUUGUGUCCUGGACUCAGAUAAUCAACCGGUAGCAUGGAUUUUAACUUAUGCUUCCUGUGCAAUGGGAAUGCUGUACACACUUCCAGAACACCGAGGAAAAGGCUAUGCAAAAGCACUGGUCACCAUUAUGUCAAAGAGACUGCACUCUCAAGGUUAUCCAGUGUACUGUUUUAUAGAGGAAGAGAACCAUUUAUCCUACAGCCUCUUCACAAGCCUGGGUUUCACAGAAGAACCAGAUUACAGGGCAGCCUGGUUUGUCUUUAAUGGUUUUUAAUUUGGUCCCAUCAGAGCAGCCAAUCACAGUUGUUUAGCUUCUGCCUGAGAUGCAAUAUAAAGUUAUGUACAAUGUUUUUUUUUUUUUUUACUUACUAAAUAUAAAACAUUUACAGUCGAGCUAAACAAUGUGU